GCUGGUACGUAAAACAUGCGCUCCCAUCAGCGUCAUGACGUAGCCACCCCGGACGCUUGGACAGCACGCAGUGGAGGUCAGAGAAGCUCCAAAAUGUCGGUUGCAGCGCUGACGUCCUUGAGCCGCUGCGGUGUUUUGGCUUUCCGCUCGCCCGCUGGACUGGUGGCGGUGCGGUAUGCCCAGACAGCAGCAGCUCCAGCAGCACAGCCCAGGAUAAAGAAGUUUCAGAUUUACAGAUGGGAUCCAGAUACUCCAGGAGACAAACCCCGCAUGCAGACCUACGAGAUCGACCUCAACACUUGCGGCCCGAUGGUUCUUGAUGCCCUGAUCAAGAUCAAAAAUGAGAUGGACUCCACUCUGACUUUCCGCCGCUCCUGCAGAGAAGGUAUCUGUGGAUCCUGCGCAAUGAACAUCAAUGGAGGAAACACACUGGCCUGUCUCAACAAGAUUGACACCAACGUUGGCAAACCAACCAAAAUCUACCCCCUUCCACAUAUGUAUGUGGUCAAAGAUCUGGUGCCUGACAUGAGUAACUUCUACGCUCAGUACAAGUCGAUUGAACCCUACCUGAAGAAGAAGGAUGACUCAAAGGAGGGGAAGGAGCAGUACCUGCAGACUGUGGAGGACAGACAGAAACUGGACGGGCUGUACGAGUGUAUCCUGUGCGCCUGCUGCAGUACGAGCUGCCCCAGCUACUGGUGGAACGGAGACAAAUACCUGGGGCCUGCUGUGCUUAUGCAGGCGUAUCGUUGGAUGAUCGACUCUCGAGAUGAUUUCACAGAGGAGCGUCUGUCCAAGCUGCAGGAUCCUUUCUCUCUGUACCGCUGCCACACUAUCAUGAACUGCACCAAGACCUGCCCCAAGGGCCUGAACCCGGGAAAAGCGAUAGCAGAGAUCAAGAAGAUGAUGGCCACAUACAAGGAGAAGAAGGCAGCUGCUAUUUAAACCUCCAGUUGUCCUGUACUGCUUUUCCCUAUACGAUUAAAUUAUAUAUUGAUUUUAAAAAAAGAUUCUUACUGAGGUCUGAAGGGCCAGUACACCUGUCAGCUCCGUCACCACCACCACCACCACCACCACCACCACCACACCCUGCAAGACUGCAGUCGACUGUAAUGAAAAUGGGUGCGGGUGGGUGUGUGUGUGUGCGUGUGUGUGUGUGUGGGGGUGGUUUGAGGACUUGGUGUUACACAAACGCACAUGUACAGUAUGAAUGCAGGAGAGAAAGUGUGUGUCUGAGUCUUGCGUGUACUGUAACAGAGGUAUUUAACUCCAACCCAACUGUUUGUAUGUUUGUCCACUCGGGAGACAUGAUGCUGCAUAUUCUAGUAAAAACAAGGCGUUUUUCUUUUGUGUUUAAACACUUUUUUUUUUUUUUUUUUUUUUUUAGCUUGUUGCUUUUUAGAUUAGCAACAGGUUCACAUACAUACAGUGUAUAAGUUCCCUCAGAUCUUCCAACAUACCAAAUGCAGUCUUUGUUUUGAUGAAAAAUAAAUAGUCAGAAUGCC